UUUCUGAAAGGAUGUGCCAUUUGCAGCAGAGUUCGGGUUCAGACCAGGAGCUGAUAUAAACAUAUUUGGACUUUUUCUGUUUGAUCGCGACUUUGACCGGUUCACUCCACUCGGUGGUCAGUCCGUGCAUUUGAAACAAGCGACGUGUGUGACAGCCACAGUGUCCGGUGGUGACGGUUACGCAUAGGCGGGCAGGCAUCGCCGUGUUCCCGGCGGAAAGGUGGCCAACAUGCUCUUCCCCUCGGAGUUCUCGUGCAACAUCACGGGUAGAAACGGCACCGAGGGGUUGAACUUGACGCAGAUGGAGCCCGGCGCCGCUGCGGCUGCUGGAAACAUCAGCGGGCAGAGAAACACCACUGACCCGUUUGGACGAAACGAAGAGGUGGCCAAAAUCGAAAUCGCCGUCCUGAGCCUUGCGUUUCUCGCAGCGGUGGUGGGGAACCUGAGCGUGCUGCUGGCCAUGUACAAAACCCGGCGGAAACCGUCGCGCAUGCACCUGUUCAUAAAGCACCUGAGCCUGGCGGACCUGGUGGUGGCGUUUUUCCAGGUGCUUCCGCAGCUCUGCUGGGAGAUCACCUUCCGCUUCUACGGGCCAGACUUUCUGUGCCGCAUUGUGAAGCACCUGCAGGUGCUGGGCAUGUUCGCCUCCACCUACAUGAUGGUGAUGAUGACCGUGGACCGCUACAUCGCCAUCUGCCACCCGCUGCAGACGCUCCAGCAGACCACGCAGCGCGCGUACAUCAUGAUUUGCUCCACCUGGGCGUGGAGCCUGGCCCUCAGCACACCGCAGUAUGUUAUCUUCUCCCUGAGCGAGGUGCACCCCGGCUCGGCCGUCUACGACUGCUGGGGGCAUUUCAUUCAACCUUGGGGGCUGCGCGCCUACAUCACAUGGAUCACGGUCGGGAUCUUCCUGGUGCCCGUCGCCGUGCUCGUGUUCUGCUACGGAUUAAUUUGCCGCACGAUCUGGAGGAACCUCAGAUAUAAGACCCGGAGGAGGAGCGCAGGGGCGGUAGCACAGGGCUCCAAGAAAGACGUCCUGGGCAGGAACGCGGUCAGCAGUGUCAGCACCAUCUCUCGCGCCAAAUUACGCACGGUGAAGAUGACGUUCGUGAUCGUAGUGGUGUACGUGGUGUGUUGGGCUCCUUUUUUCACCGUGCAGAUGUGGUCAGUGUGGGACGAAACCUUCUCCUGGCACGACUCAGAGAACACCGCGGUGACGCUGUCCGCCCUGCUGGCCAGCCUCAACAGCUGCUGCAACCCCUGGAUCUACAUGAUCUUCCCGGGCGGGCUUUGCCGGCCCCUGCCGUGUUGCCGCCGGCUGAAGAGCAAGUUGGGCCACCAGGAUUCAGACAGCAGCAUCCGCCGGACCAUGCUGCUGUCCCGCCUGCAGGGUCCACGGCUUUCUGAGCCGUUCAGGGACCUCGGCCCCACCGCCACCAAAAACUGUGCACAGGUCCCAUCUGCAUCCUGACCAGCAGAAACACUAAAGCUGCACUCACAUCCCAGUUGGAGUUUCCCAAAUCAGUUUUCCCUCUCCUUGACUCAUUCCUGAUGUUUUCAUAGAAGUGUGAACAGACCAAACCAGAUGUUCUCAGAUCAGAUCUGGGCCACUUCCAUAUGUGCUCCUAGAGACCAGGACGUUCCACGUGUGGUGGACAUUUACCGAGAAGCUUCUGA